AAUAACCGUUUAACGAACUUCUGUGCGUUUUACUUUGCUCCACAUACUAAUCCGUGCCUCUUCUCUUGUUUUCUUGUUUCAGGAGACAUCACCGCCGUUUUCACAACGAAAGCCAAAGGACACGAACUGAUCGAAAUCAUGGAACAGAAAGGCUACAAAGUGACGAUGGCAAUCAUCGAAGGAAGUCGCCACAUCCGAUCGCUGGCCAACAUCAAUCGAACAUCGGUGCUGUUCGUUUCGGUUUCGUUCAUCGUGCUGAUGAUCAUCUCGUUGGUGUGGUUGGUGUUUUACUACGUGCAGCGGUUCCGGUAUUUGCAAACCAAAGACAAACAGUCGAGGCGACUAUGCAACGUAGCGAAGCGAAUCAUUGCCAAAAUUCCUACCAAGAGUAUUAAAUCAGAUGACAAGGAAAUCGACAACGACUGUUGUGCCAUCUGCAUCGAGCCAUACAAAGUAACGGAUGUGAUACGCGUUCUUCCUUGCAAGCACGAAUUCCACAAGACCUGCAUCGAUCCGUGGCUGCUCGAGCACCGCACCUGCCCGAUGUGCAAGAUGGACAUCCUCAAGCAUUACGGCUUUGUGGUGGGUUCCUCACUCGGUUCCUCAACGUCCUCGACUUCCUCGUCCGCCCCGACCAAUCCCAUCAUUGCCGAUUACUUUAGCGUAGCGGUCCCGCCGCCCCCUUCCAACAGUUCGACCACCACGUCGUCGUCGUCAUCGACGACGGCGGCGGUGGGCGGUGGUGGGGGUGCUUCCACCACCACCACCAGCCGAGUGUUGAUUGCCGGCGGCGAUAGCGGCAACAGUAGUAGUAGCAAUAGUAGUAAUAGUCAUAGUGGUAGUUCCGCGGAGCCAGAUCAGAUCGUUACGAUCAUAAUCAACAUCAAUAGCGGGCCGGCUGAUAGCGGCAUCUCGACCUCCGUUACCGGGUCCGGUGGGAGUGGUGGCAGCAACAGCAGCGGGGGUAGUAGCACCAACAGCUUGAUGACGACAUCGACAGCGACAAUGUAGUAGUCGACAAAUUACCGACGUCUGAUUACUGGGGGAGUGUGGGUUCGGGAAAAGCAGAAGGAAACGGGUUUUCCUAAUCAUUUAGAGUUAAUCGAAGCGCACGCGAACUGAGAGUGCGUUUCAUGUGUGAGGUGUUUUUUUUUCGACGGAGUUCUGAAAUGUGUUUUAUUGUAUGUAUUCGAGUAAUUCUAAUGAUGCCCUAGUGGCACGUAGGUUUAGUUAUCGAGGGUUUGAAUCGGAUUUCUGAGAGAUCUAAAUACUGGGGCCCUGAGAAAUUGAGAAUUCCUCCGCCACAUCGUGUGCAUCUGACGGGAGAUGGACUGGGAUGAGGCUUUGUGAAACAGUCAGUUCAAUGAGGGGGAGAGCUGUUUUGUAAAUAGCAUUGUAAGAAUAUCGAUAGCUUUAGUUCGGUAGAAGAGAUUCGUGACUGGGAUGUGAAUCCGGUUGCGUGAUCGCUUAUAUCGAUAGAGAUAGGGACUUGUACAGACGAGAAAGUGAAUGUUUUACAUUUUACAAGUAAGGCGAUAGAUUCGUAUUUUGUUAUGGUAGAAUAAAUAGAUGACGAUUACGAUGAUGACUA